AUGAAUAUUGCAGCCAUAUAUUCCUUUAUACAUUCUCUAUGGGCAGUCCCUACCUUCCUCUUCCCACAUGCAGUUCGAGUGCCUACCAAUAUAUCUCAAUAUGAGGUUCAUUCGUUACCUAAUACUUCCUUGCCGCUUAGCUGGGCUGGCCGGCUCCCUGUUCCUGAAACGCCUCCAGGUAAUUCGUUGUUCUUUUGGCUCUUCGAGGCUGAAGAUCCUACAUACGAUGAAAACCUCAUAAUCUGGUUCAACGGUGGUCCUGGUUGCUCGUCCCUUAUAGGGCUAACUACAGGAAAUGGACCUGUCUUGUUUGAUGGCAAUUCCACUCAUCUUAUCCAGAACCCACACUCGUGGACCAAGCUAGGCCACGUCCUCUAUGUCGACCAACCGGUAGGAACGGGAUAUUCGACUGCGAGUAACCCUUAUCCUGUCCCCGACAACGACCGCGUAACAUCUGACUUCUACAAAUGGCUCCGGAAUCUCUUCACCGUGUUCCCUCACCUCCGCUCGAAACAUGUACAUAUGAUCGGAGAGUCAUGGGCGGGAAUCUACAUCCCCUAUUUUGCCUCCGCUAUUGUCCAAGGGCAGGACUCGUUCCCCAUCAACCUCCGGUCCAUCUCCAUCGGCGACGGUACCAUCGGGAACGCUGCCGCUAUGUCCACCAUCACAAUUGGGUCGUUCAUGCGUUCUCAGAAAGACAUCCUCCAAGUCCCCGAUGAUAUCCUAUCUGUCUUCACAGAAGCGGAAAAGACCUGUGGAUUUGACCAAAUCCUCGAAGCAGCAGACCAAUACCCUCCCAAGGGCAAGAUCCGCAUCCCCGGAAACCCAGAAAACCGCAGCUACAAACGCCACCAGCACCUCGACGUUCGCAGCUUAGUAGAUGAAACAUGUAACAUCGAGCCCACCACGCCAGACAUGGUCCAGACAUCCAUCUUGAAUUCCACCUGUUACGGACCCUGUGCAACCUUCGCUACGGCAUUCGAUUACCUGGGCGCCAUGUCUGCCUCGGGCGCAGGCAAACAGUGUCACGAUAUCUACGACACCCACAAUGACUGUGACACCAUCGACCCCCUCGACCUACUCGCCUCGUACUUCAGCCGUACGGACGUCCAAGUCGCACUGAACUUGCUUCCCGCCGCCGCAGAGAAGGACAAUGAUGGAGCCAAAAUGAACUUCGCCCCCUGCAACAGCACAAUCCUGACUACCCUUUUAUCAAGCUCAUCCCCUGUGGCCCCGGCAUACUCGAUCCUUCCUGAUCUCGUCACUACCCAUAACAUCCGCCUCCAUAUCUACUCCGGCGAGAACGACUUUCUACUCAACCAUUUCGGGACCGAACUGAGUCUCCAGAACAUGACAUGGAAUGGAGCGCAAGGGUUCUCCCAAAAGCCGAACCGACCCUUUUUCAGCGAUAAUGCUGCAGCCACACAUUCCUGCAACAAGGGAAAUAGAACCGAGACGUGUGGCGUUGAAGCGGGCGUCUGGGGGUCAGAACGCGGGGUGACUUAUCAUCUCUUUUGGGGGGCAGGGCACAGCGUGUUUGGGAAAAAGCCACGCGAGAUGUUUGCUUAUGUGCGUGAUGUUGUUAUUGCAGGUUGA